AUGUUGCAUCUAGGCCUGUCAUCGUCUUUGCGUUAUUCUUUGCGCCGCAAUGUGGCAGAAGCAGUCGUACGGCCUCGGGCGCAGCCCUUCUCGAUGCGUGCACCAUCAAAUAAUGCGAACAACAUACGGAGUAUGUUGCAGAAUCGUCCGACCGUCUUGUCGCCUACUCUGCUCUCCCGCUUCUCGCGCUCUAUUACAACAGAUGCACACACUGUAACAACCUCUUCAUCCCAAGACGCUUGGAAGCGUUUUGGAAUCACAGCGGCUGUUGUCGCAGGCACGGUAAUCCUAGCAGAAGGCUUCCUGAACAGAGAUACUCGCGAUAGAUUGAGUCCAGCCGAACAAUCCUACUUACAUGAAAGUUUCAAGUACACAGGGGGUGGACUAGCAUUGACUGCACUCGCCGCUCGGGGUUUGUUCAGGUCUGGUGUUGCCUUCAGGAUCAUGUCUGCGAACCCUUGGCUUGUACUCGGUGUCAGUCUCGCGGGUAGCAUCGGAUCCAUGAUGGGGGUCUUCUACACGCCUCCGGAGCAAACCUUCCAAAAGCACGCUUUUUGGCUGGCAUUUAAUGCGUGUCAAGCCGCAACCCUAAGCCCAUUGUUCUUCCUGAGCCCCGCCAUUUUAUCUCGCGCAGCCCUCUACACGUGCGGCGUGGUUGGUUCUCUAUCUUACGUGGGCGCCACCGCCAGGAAUGAUAAAUAUCUAUACAUGGGUGGACCACUGCUGGCUGGCGUCACAGUCGUUGCUUUGAGUUCACUCGCACCCCUCGCACUCCCGUUGGGUAUGCGUGGCCUCGCUGUUGCAGAGACCCUCUCCCUUUAUGGAGGUCUCGCUGUCUUUGGUGGCCUUGUUCUCUAUGACACCCAAAAGAUUUUGCAGCAUGCGCGGAUGGCGGAGACGGGUGUCAUUCCCAGAGAUCCCAUAAAAGAAUCUGUUGCCCUUGAGCUCGAUAUGAUCAAUAUCUUCAUCCGCCUUGUUCAGAUUCUGGCUAUGCGCCAAAAUAACCGAAAGUGA